AUGGGAUUCCGGAGACAGGAUAACUUUAGCGGGAUGUACAAUUGCGCAGACGGUGAGCUCAUUGAUAUCGCCGCCGCCUGCCCUUACCUCGCCGCUCCAUUCAUCAAUACCGCCCGUGAUAAUCCCCAACCUCCACUCCGCCCCGCCCCGCCCCACCCCGCCAACUUCAUCCUCACCAAACCUCCUCUUUCCCCCCCUGAUAGCGCCACCCACGCCAAUAUCGCAAAAUCCAAACCGUUAUUCUAG